AUAAUUCAACCGAUCAUCAUCAAACUAUUUACAACAACUGCACCCUAGUCGACCUUCGAUCAGAGCCUCCCUUCGCGUGACCAUCCUAGCCGACCACAUCCUCCUACCGAAAAUCAUGGAACCCGACUUUCAGCCCUCUGUUCAACAGCUCGAAGCGAUCCUUCAAGACCCAAAAGACUCCUACACGUUUGUAUCGACCCACGGAAAAAACCCUCAGCUCAUUCCUUACCUGAUCCAAUUACUCACCCAACCAAGCUACGAGACCAACAGCCCACUCAGGACUCAGGCGGCUAUCUUGAUUCGAAAUGCGCUCGAUAGCUGGUAUCGCAAACUCAGUCCUCUACAAAUCGAAAAUUCGGCUAAGGUGGAACUAGGUAAAACCCUGAUCGAAAACGUUCUAGCUAAAGGCGAAAGGGACUCCGUGGUACGAAAACAAGUAACGCUUUGUGUCGGCAAGAUCGGAAAGUCAAACCUCGACGCCAACCUCUCUAACUUAUUUGAAGACCUGACUCUUCAUAUUCGAAACGUAAUCGGUUCACCAGACUGGUCAACGGAUCCAUCAAAUUUUUAUAUCUUGAAUGGAUGCUUGGGAGGUUUCUAUCAAAUCAUUCAGAACCUCAUUACCAAUCGAUCCGCCAGAGGCCAACUUCUUCUUCGCGAGGUUGCCUCCACCCAUUUCUCUCACAUUCAUCACGUCUAUUCCACCGCUCUUUCCAUGUGGACCGCCGUACUAUCUCAACAAACUACCUUGAACCUUUCCAGCGUCUUUCACUCGCAACCAGUCAUCGAGCUAUCUAGGAUCUGUCUAAAAAUUCUGAGUCAGAUGAGUACCUAUGCAUGGAAGGAACCCCAUAAACAGGAGCUACCUACGAACUUCCUCAAGCAAUCCAUCAAUCAAUGGGUACAAAUCCUGAACAUUCGACAAAACCUAACCGGACUGAUCUCAAGCCACAAGACAAUCCUAAAUAAUCCAUCAUCAUUACAACAGAUCAAAUCAUUCUUUGAUCUAUUGCACAAACAUCUCUUCAAGUUUGGUAAACUAUUAAUUCAAAUAUUAGACCAAGAUCCUAACUAUCUCAACCCCUCCGAAUUCUCAAAUCAACUGAAACAAACCGUCUGGCAAAUGGUCGAACAGGGCAGCACCCUUCUCCCUCACAACUCCGUAGAUUCACAGCCGGCAAGCUUGGCGGCUUAUCCAGAAAGGAUCAUCAUUCAAUCUCUUCGAAUCAUGAGUUUAUGGAUGACCAAUCGACAAAGUAGCUCAAACCUGAGUCCGAGUCAGUCUGUGGAGUUGGCGAUGACGAUCCUUCAGAGGCUAUUGAAACUACAGCCUCAUUCGCUACAGUUCUGGAACGAAGAUUCGGAAGCUUACGAUAACGAGGAAGAUUGUUCCCUAGAGAAUAGAUCAUUCGAUGUCCGCUCAUGCUCUGCAAAUGUCUUGACUGGACUUCUAUGUUGUUAUCCGCAUGAGAUCUCAAACGUUAUUUUGCAUUUAUACUCCGAUUUACACGCUCAAGAUCCAAACGAUUUACCAACUUUACUUCAGUAUGAGUCGAUCUACUUUGGAAUUGGCUUGGCUGCUCAUCAUUUCGCUCAAGCAUCCUCUGGCUUUAACUUGGACAACUGGAUAACUCAGAAGUUCAUGCCAGUAUUAUGUCAAACUGAAACUAGUGGCGCGAUUCUACGACGGCGGAUUGCUUGGGUACUUGGUCAAUUUGCAAAGCAAGAUUUGGAUUGCAAGCUUCAAAGCAGUGUUUAUGUUGCACUCAGCUGUCUCUUAGAAAACCCUAGCAACGAUAUUGCAGUCAAACUUGCGACUUGUAGAGCGCUUAAAGCCACCGCGAAUUGGGAAGCCGUUGAACCUGAACCCGAUACGAUCCUACCUCAUCUUGAAAUGUUCAUCAAACAAAUCUCCGGUUUACUAAGUUCGGUCGAAAAUCUUGAAAGUCAAAAGAUCUUGACCGAAACCUUACGACUUGUAAUUGAGAAAGCUCGCUUGAAUAUCACUCCUUAUGCCUUAGAGCUUGUCAACAUAUUGGCUUGUCUUUGGCAACAAGUCGGCGAAAGUCCAAGUAAGAAUAAUAUCGGUAACCAUCUGCAUAACGCCAUUAUCGUCACAAUAUCUGCCCUAGUCGAGGCCAUCGGACCAAGUUCUCAAGACUAUCAUCCCACGAUCAUUGUGUUUGUUGAGCACUCGAUCAACCCCAACAAUCCCUCGUCGAUCUACUUACAGGAGGAUGGACUGAUCCUGUGGCUAGCGAUAGCAAGACAGGCAGAGACGCUGACACCCAGCCUGACCAAACUACUUUUCGCCCUGGCCACCUUAAUCGGAGAUGCGAGCGACUCGUUAGGGAUUCUACUCAAGAUUUUGCAGUCAUAUCUUCUGUUGGAUUGUCAAUCGGUCUUAAACACCAUCGGGUGUUUGCUGUCGAAAUCUUUCGCCCAGUUGAUGGGUAUGCCCAUGGGCUUGGCCCCUACUAAAACAAUCUUGCAAUCCAUCGAAUGUAUCGUCAAGUGUGCAAACCCUUCUGUUUGGCAAGCCUGGUUUGAGGAAUCAGACUGUUUCUUGCGAUUGAUGCAAAGAUCCACCUCAACAGAUGACCAAGUGAUUUUAGUUGUCAAACAUCUUUUAACCGUUUGUCGAAUCAUUGUGACCGACGUCCAAAGUUUUUUCAACUCGAUCGGAUUCUUAAAUAGGAGAGGAAUUUCACCGACAGAUGUUCUAUCAAGUUUUUGCCAUACAUGUCUCGAUAGAAUCGACAAUGUAGGGACAGCUCAAGAACGAAAAUUGAUAGCUGCAGCCCUGGCCUGUUUAGUUACCCUACCCAACCCAAUCGUCAUUUCGAACUUGGCUGCAUUUGUUUCGAUCUGGUCAAGCGUGCUAGCUGAAGGUGAUGAGAUCUUGAACCCCAAGACAAACACUUAUUCUUAUGCUCAUGAAACUGAGGAAGUUGAUGAAUACCAAUUUAUUGAGGCGGGUGCUGAAGGAAAGCGGCUUAAAGAAUUACUGAGUCAAGAUCCAGUCAGAAUGAACACAUUGGAUCGGAUCAUUUCAGAGAAAAUUUCUCUGGGUGGUCAGCCGAUUUUGACUGCUUUGAAUAGCUUGGAUAAUCUUCUUAUCAAUGAACUUCAACAAAGAUUAACCGGAAGUCUGAAAGGAUAAAAAGAAUCAUGUCUUGUCGAGCUUUUUUGUUUUGUUUUUUGUGCAAGCAAGCAUCCCCAUCCGAUUAUCAUUCUUUUAUUCACAAUCAUGUCUCAGCAAUUGACAUGCGACAUCCAUGUACAUAUUUAUGCCUUUUGUUUAAAUGCAUGACUUUGCCGGUUAAGAGGAGAAAGACCAAGCCGUAGACCUACAAUCCUCCAGGGAGGCUUGUGACAGCCCUAGAUGGGUGAUCAACGUCUUUAGCAUUGUUG